GUGGAUUUUUGUCAAACUCAAAGUCAGAAAAUACUCCUUGCAUUGCUGACUGUGCUACCUGGUUUCACGUUUGUUUUGUCUCAAUGAGAAUACAAAUUGCUUUCAGUACAAUAUCUCGCAGCCCAUUUUCUCCUAGGUGGCCGUAUAAAUUGUCCCGUACAAUCAGUGCAAUUGUGGCCGUGUCUUUCGCUGAGUGAUUUUGUUUGGAAAUGAGGAGUAGUGAAAGUCCAUAUUGGAUACAGAUUCACUGUGAAAUGGCCUGCUUCUGCAUGCCAUGAAGCCCAGCGAGGACGCUCCACGUCGUGUAAAUGCUGGGUUCACUAGGAUCGCCCUGAUGUCGCUGUUGUACGCGAUAAUAGUGCUGUUUUUCCAGUCGCUGUUAUGGCCGGAGGUCGUGGUGACUCGUAGGGAGUCUACCCUGGAGGUAGCACCCAUAUCUCCUUCAGAGCUGCUGGAGCUGCGCGAGUCUGCCAGACGGAUGUUCUAUUUCGGCUACGACAACUAUAUGCGUCAUGCAUUUCCAGCUGAUGAACUGGACCCUAUCCACUGCACAGGACGAGGUGCUGACAAAGAGAAUGUUGAGAAUAUCAAUAUCAAUGAUGUGCUGGGGGACUACUCUCUGACGUUGAUCGAAUCACUCGACAUGCUGGCUAUCCUUGGCAAUGCCAGUGAGUUCAAGCGUGCAAUUGGUCUUGUUGUUCAGCACGUGGACUUCAAUCGUAACAACACUGUCCAGGUCUUUGAAGCCACUAUCAGGGUGUUGGGCGGUCUACUGUCUGCACACCUUCUGGCUACGGACCCGGAGCUAUCCGAGAGCCUGUGCCCAGACGGGUAUGACAAUGAGCUGCUUUACCUGGCCAGUGACCUGGGAUCACGGCUAUUGCUUGCGUUUGACAACACGUCCACUGGCCUGCCGCACCCACGAGUGAAUCUGCAGUUUGGCCUGCCGCAGAAUGGCUUCAUGAACACGUGCACGGCAGGUGCUGGCACCCUUGUGCUAGAGUUCGGCAUUCUGAGUCGCUUGAUCGGAGACCCUGUAUAUGAGUCAGUGGCGCGCCGUGCGGUUGACACGCUGUGGAAGCGUCGCCAUCACGACACUGGACUGUUAGGGAGCGAAAUGCACAUUGACACGGGUGCUUGGACAAGCCUUUCCAGCUCCAUCGGUGCUGGCAUUGACUCUUUCUAUGAAUACCUGCUCAAGGCAUACAUCUUGUUUGGGAAGCAAGAUGACUUGGAUCGCUUCAAUGCGGCUUACUCGUCCAUCAUGAAGUACAUGAAAAGAGGUGCUGUGUGUGAUGAAUCAAUGGAUCCCAAUGAGCUUCCACCGUAUUUCGUCAAUGUCAAUAUGCUGAGCGGUGAGAGAAUCAACGGCUGGAUUGACUCGUUGUCUGCGGCGUUCUCUGCAGUUCAGGUGCUGAAGGGUGACAUCCAGGAAGCUAUUUGUAGCCAUGCCCUCUUCUACACCUUGUGGCGACGAUUCGAUGCCCUGCCAGAGCGCUUUGACUUCCAGACGACGUCGACGAAUGUUGCAUUCUACCCUCUGCGCCCCGAGCUAGUAGAGUCAACGUACAUGCUCUACCAGGCCACCAAGAGUCCGUUCUAUCUUCACGUCGGCCGGGAUAUUCUGAACAGCCUCAACCAGCAUACACGUGCAAGGUGUGGCUAUGCUACUGUGCAUAAUGUCAAUGACAAGUCACUGGAGGACCGGAUGGAGAGUUUCUUUCUCAGCGAGACUGUCAAGUACCUGUACUUGCUGUUUGACGAAGAUAACAAGUUGAAUCGGCACGCUGACAAGUUCAUCUUCAGCACCGAAGGUCACCCGUUCCGCGUCGGAUCGUUCAGGACGGGCAAUGACGACAGCGACCGAUGGUUUGACCAGCUUCGGCCGUCGUUUCCACCAACCGGGUCGAAACGUGCCCAUCGGGAUCAUCGCCGUCAGUCCCAACAGAUGAAUAUAAGUGAAGAGAUCCUGCAGCAAUCUAAAGCUCACACCUUGUCUCAUUGCUCUCGCUGGUCGGGUAGCAAUGACUCUCAGCUGCCUUACCCGUUGACCCGCUACUUGCUGGGCAAGUAUGAGGAGAUGGUGGGUGGCUUUACGUAACCUGCUGGCCUGGAUGCAUCGCACUGCCACCCAUCACGGACUUUGACUCACCCUGUUCACGCCGUCACGCACGAUUCUCACCGUUCUCGUUUCCUCUACAGUUUCUGCUUUGCUCUUCAGGCACCCGUGUCUCUUUGGCCGCCUCUUAGGGCGUGUUAGAGGCAUUAUCUUCUUGAGUUAUCUAUUUUUUAGUUAUUAUUAUAUUUUUCUGAGCAGUGUUGCAUCCUGCUAGCCGGCCUAUAUCUCGUCUCCAAUGGGUCUUGACUAUUUUCU